AUGUCUGAGCCAAUUAAGAAGGGAAACAUUGCCCAGGCGCCUACUCCCCAGAACACCCCUGCUUCCGUGAGCGGCUCGUACCUGAAGAACGCUCCGUUGCCUACGAUUCCGUCCACCAUCAAGGAAGACGAUGAGUUGCACAAGAAGUUGCUGGCCAAUCCAGCGAUCCUGUCUAUGAUCGAGGGCAAGCUGAAUACGCUUGUGGGCACAGACUCGGGGUACGUGAAGGCCCUUCCUCCUAAGAUCAAGAAUAGAUUAUACGGGCUGAAGGCUCUGCAACAAACGCAAUUCAAGCUUGAGGCAGAGUUUCAGAUGGAGUUGCUCAACUUGGAGAAGAAGUACCACGAGAAGCACCUCCCGAUCUUCCAGAAGAGAAAGAGGAUCGUGCUGGGGUCGUUGGAACCAACCACCGAGGAGAUCGAGGAAGGCCAGGCCUUGAUGGGCGAAGAGGAGGACGAGGAGGAGGAGGAGCAAGAUGAGGCCAAGAGCGAGAUUGACGAAACUCUCAAGGAUGUGAAGGGCAUUCCAAGUUUCUGGCUGACUGCCAUGGAGAAUCUGGGGCCUAUUGCUGAGCUAAUAACCGAUAGAGAUUCCGAAGCUUUGAACCACCUUAUUGACAUCAGACUCGAGUAUUUUGAUGCUCUUGGGUUCAGACUGGUGUUUGAGUUUGAAGAAAACGAGUACUUUACCAACAAGCAGCUUGUGAAAACAUAUUAUUACCAGAAGGAGCUAGGAUACUCAAGAGACUUUGUGUAUGACCAUGCAGAGGGAUGUGACAUUAAAUGGAAGGACAAUGACCACAACCUGACAAUUAGUGUGGAGAAGAGAAAGCAAAGAAAUAAGCACACGAAGCAGGUGCGUACCAUUGAGAAAUUGACAGCUGUGGAUUCAUUCUUCAAUUUCUUUACUCCGCCACAGCCAACUAAGCCUGAGGAGGAGGAAGAAGAAAAGGACGAAGAGGAGGACUCCGAGGAAGAGGAGGAGGAAGAAGGUGCUUUGGAGGAGAAAUUGCAAUUGGACUACGAGAUCGGCGAGCUGUUCAAAGACAAGCUGAUUCCAAGAGCGAUCGACUGGUUCACCGGAUACGCUCUGGAGUACGAAUACGACGAGGGAGAAGAGGAGGAGUUUGACGACGACGAGGAGGACUCUGAAGAAGAGGAGUCUGACGACGCGGACGGCUCCGACUCCGACGACUCCGACGCAGACGAAGACGCUGGCGCCGCAAAAGCACAGCCGGCAGAGUGUAAACAACAAUGA